CCCGGACCACUUCUCCUAUGGUCGUGCGCGGCUCCAUUCCGCCCGCUAGCUCUAGUACGGUAGGGCCACCUCACGGCGCCCCCCUCUGGCUGACCCGCUUCCCUUGAUGUCCUUCCUCUGUUUUCAGUCUCCCGACCCCGGGAAGGUUCGGCCAUUGCGAACCCCGCCCUACCCGCCCUCCUUACCGCCAUGGCGCGACGCAAACACCCAGCAAGGAAAACAAGGCAGAGCAACCGAAACCGCAGUCAAAAGGUACCACAUCGGCAGCACAGGCACUUCCGGUGCAGACCCAAAUCGUCACAACUGUGACGGAAGUGGGGGAUCCACUUCCUUCCCAAGACCCUCCCCCCGAAAGUCGAUGCUCACAUAUAUUCUGAGCUUCCUGCCUCUGUCAGAUCAGAAAGAGGCCUCCCUCGUGAGUCGGGCUUGGUACUGUGCAGCCCAGAAUGCUCUUCGGGAGCAGGGCCAGCCCCACUUUCUUGGCACCACAAGAUUCAUUCUCUUAGCUUCUGACCACAGAAAUAGGAGACUUCUCCUUCCUUACCUGGACAAAGAAGAUGGACACUCCAGAGAUGAACCCCGGGGAUCUCAAGCACAUCUUGAACUCUGGAACCUGCAGGACCCACACAUGUUGACCAAUGUGCAGUACAACAUCCCUGUGUCCUCUGCCUCCCUCCCGGCCAUCAAGAGCCUGGGCCUCAGGGGCAUCACCUGCAUCAGCCUGACCAACCUGGAUGACUCACCAGCUUCGCAUGAGGUGCUGGAGUGUGUUGCCUACCACUUGGGCCCGCAUCUGCAGAGCUUGUGCCUCAGUGGGGGCAGCCCCUCGGAGGCCGCCUUUGUGGCCCUGAUCCUAGGCUGCCCAGCCCUGCGUAUCCUUGACCUCAGUGGCUGCAACAGCCUCUUCACAUCGGGCAUGCUACUAGCUCAGCCUGAGACGGCACAGCGGGUCCAGCAGGUGUUGAGUGGCCUCUGUGAGCUCAACUUGGCUGGCCUGUGGGACCUGACCGACCUCAGCUUCAACCGGCUCAGCAGCUGUGCCCCCAGCUUGGAGCGCCUCUCCUUGGCCUACUGUCACCUCACCUUUGAAUUAGGCCCAGCCUGGGGCUCCCUUGGCCCCCAAGACUCCUCCCCCUCCCAACUCUCCUUCCACAACCUGCUGCGGUUCGUGAAGGAAAGGGCUGGUAGGCUGCAUGCCCUGGACCUGAGUGGCACUGGCUUGCUCCCUGAGGCCCUGCAGGCUCUGGGUCAGGUGGCCGGGCUGCAGCUGCAGGAACUGAGCCUGCAUGGCUGCCAGGACCUCUCCACAGAGGCUGUGGCUGCCCUUUGCCGCCUGCAAUCGGGCCUGAUCUCCCUGGACCUCGGCGGCUGCUCAGGACUGGCUGACGGGGCACUCGUGGCCAUAAGCUGGGGCCUGGGACACCUGCAGCGCCUCAGCCUGAGGAAGCUGCAGCGGCUGACAGACGCAGGAUGUACGGCCCUGGGGGGCCUGCAGGAGCUGCAGAGCUUGGACCUGGCAGAGUGCUGCCUGGUGAGUGGGUGGGGCCUGGCUCAGGCCCUGGGUUCAGGGCACAGAGCCCCAGCCCCACUGGCCUCCCUCAGCCUGGCCUACUGCGCCUCACUCAAGGAUGCCUCAGUGCUCUCCCUGAUCUCAGUGCUGAGCCCAAGCCUCAGGGUGCUAGACUUAUCUUCCUGUGUGGCCCUCACCAACAGGACCCUGCAGGCCAUCUGUGCCUACCUAACCCACCUCUCAGUCCUGCGCCUGGCCUGGUGUAAGGAGCUCCAAGACUGGGGACUUCUGGGGCUGGGGGAACCAAGUGAAGAGCCUACACAGGAGCCCCAGCUACAUCAAGAGUUGGAGCAUCAGGCCUCAGGCCCCAAGGAGCCUCCCCAGCCACAGGGCCCUUCCCUGCUCAUGCUGCGGGCCUUGCAGGAGUUGGACCUCACAGCCUGCAGCAAGCUAACUGAUGCCAGUUUGGCCAAGGUGCUCCGGUUCCCCCAGCUGAGGCAACUGUCACUGAGCCUGUUGCCAGCACUCACAGACAAGGGUUUGGUGGCUGUGGCCAAGGGCUGCCCCAGCCUGGAGCACUUGGUGCUGAGUCACUGCAGCCUCCUCAGUGAUGAGGGCUGGGCCCAGGCAGCCAGCUCCUGGCCGAGGCUGCGGCACCUCAACCUAUCCAGCUGCAGUCAGCUCACAGAGCAAACUCUGGAUACCAUUGGGCAGGCGUGCAAGCAGCUCCGGAUGUUAGAUGUGUCCAUGUGCCCUGGUAUCAGCAUGGCUGCCAUCAGGCACUUCCAAGCCCAACUGCCUCAGGUGGCCUGCAUCCAGUCCCGCUUCGUGGGAGGGGCUGACCUGACCUUGACGCUCUAGGGGCAGGUCAGUAACCAACCCUUUGGCCCAGCCUCCAUUGCCCUGAGUCCCCAGCCCUGACCUCUUGACCUGGAGUUUGACCGAAUGCCUCCUACCCUCCUCUGCCACAUACCCCAAGCUACAAACUCCUUUUCUAGGACUGGGGAUAGAACUAAUCCGGGGCAGCACAAGGGGCUUCCUGCUCCAGUCUGCCCUACAGCCCAGCAAGCACCUCUUCCAGCUAUAGGCUGCUGCCACAGGCCCAUAGAAAUGCCAGCUCCUGCUCUCCUGACCAGGCCUAGGUCCGGAGGCCAGGCCCACAGGUGGGAUGCCUCUGAUGUUGGGGAGGAGCCGACCUUGUGCCACUUGCCCUGCCCACUUCUCACACCUAAGGCCUGUGCCUCACCUUGUUCCCUAUAAGGAGCUCUCCCAGCCCUUACCAGCACGGAGUUUUAGCAGCCAAGCCACAGACUUUGUUGUAAACUCAAACAAGAUUAAAAAUUCCAG